AUGCGUGCUCCGCUGCGUGAAGCCAUCUUCUCACGAGCGACUGGCAAUGGGUCCUCGGGUCCUGAUGCGAACCGCUGGCCUGGCGGCAUGAAUCUCGCAGUCGAUUACUAUCCGUCUCAAUGGCCGGAGUGGAUGUGGGAAUCCGACGUCGCCCGCAUGCGAGACAACAACAUAUCCUUCGUUCGUGUGAAUGACUUCGACUGGUCUAUUCUAGAACCCAGGGAAGGCGAAUACAACUUCACUCUCCUAGACAAGACGCUUGAUCUUUUCCACAAGUACGGGCUCAAAGCCAUCGUUGGCACACCAACAGCUGCUCCACCGAACUGGCUCACGGAGAAGUACGAUGUCAAUUUCGUGGACGUGACCAAUGCCACCCUGCAGUUUGGCUCUCGGCGGCAUUACAGCUUCUCGUCAUUCGAUUACCGGGAGCAAAGCCAGAAGAUUACUCGAAAGCUUGCACAGCGUUACGGGAACAGCUCUGAUAUCGUCGCUUGGCAGCUAGACAAUGAGUUCGGAUGUCACGGUACUGUCCGCAGCUAUGAUCACAACGCCAUCAUAAGAUUCAGGUCCUGGCUGCAGAACAAGUACACAACUAUCGAGAAUAUGAACGACGCUCAAGGACGAGUCUUCUGGUCAUCACAGUAUGAGUCUUUCGACACCGUUCAACCUCCCUUUUUGGAGGUCUACACCACGAACGAAGCCCACACGCUUGACUGGUACAAGUUCAGCUCCGAUAUGGUCGUCGACUUUGCCAAGGAACAGGUCGAUAUCCUGAGGGAGCUUGCACCAACCCACGCCAUCACUACAAACUUCAUGGUCCUCUUCACUGACUUCGACCAUUAUGAUUUUAACCGUAGAGUAGGGCUCGACUUCUCGACCUUCGACUCGUACGCCCUUGCUGGUACCUCUUCUGUACCAUUGUCUGAUGACGAGUUGGCCGACUAUCUACGUACUGGCGUGCCUGACCUGCAGGCUUUGAAUCACGGUAUCUAUCGUGGCGUGUCUGGAGCCGCUUACGGGCAGAGUCAAGGUCCUUUCGGCGUGAUGGAAAUGGAGCCCGGUGUCUUGAAUUGGAACCAAUACCGCGUUUCACCCGCCGAUGGCAUGGUCCGCUUGUGGACGCAUGAGACGUUCGCAGCUUCUGGGGACAUGGUCAACUACUUCCGCUGGCGACAAGUUCCAUAUGCACAGGAGCAAACACUUUCUGGGUUGCAUGUGUCAGACGACAGCGAAGACGCAGGCUUUCUUGAGCUACAAGCAGUUGAGGAGGACCUCUCUUUCCUCCGCACUGAGAAUGCCGCAACGACUGAACAGCAGGCCGACGUGGCGCUUGUAUUCGACUACACCUCUCAAUGGGUCUGGACUAUCGAGCCGUACAGCGGCGUUUGGUCUGUCAAAGAUGCAACAUAUACAGACACCGCUCUUGCAUACACCACGGUGGUGCAUAGCUUCUACAGCGCUCUCCGCCGCCUGGGCCUCAGCAUUGACGUGGUAUCGGCCGAGCAAAGUCUUGCAGGUUACAAGAUGGUUGUCGUGCCGUCCCUGCCAAUCAUACCGGACGCUUUCAAUGCUGCGCUUGCUAAUUUCUCCGGCCCCGUUGUCUUUGGGCCACACACAGCCGACAGGACGCCAAACUUUGCAUACACGCCUGGCCUCACCCCAUCAGCUGGUCCAAUCCGUUCUCGCCUUCCUUUGCGUGUGACACGUGUGGAGACUCCACCUUCGUACGCCAACAGCGGAGUGUCGUACAAGGGCUCCAACUACAAUAUCUCAGCUUGGGAAGAAACAGUUGUGUGCACUCGAGGCAACGCCACUAGCAAUGUGACCAUAACCUCAACCUCCCGACACCGCUCUGGCCAGCCCGCUGCAUGUUCAAAUGAUGGUCUGCACUACCUGGCCUUCAAUCCACCUGUCGACUUGCUCGUCUCUUAUCUCGGCGAUGUAGCUGUCGAUGCUGGUAUUAGAGAUCUCACUGGACGACUUGCUGGAAAGGAAAAUGACCUUGGUGCGACAUUACGGCUAGCAAGAAGAGGAGAUCUGCUGUGGGCCAUCAAUUAUGGGUUGGAGCCUCAGACUCCGCCGGAUGUGGACGCUGAUCUGCUCGUUGGCCAAGAGGGCGAUGUCCCAUCGGCUGGUGUCCUGGUUUGGAAGCUGAAUUAG